GUGCUUACCAUAGCUUACAUCAUUAAAAAUAUAGUUUCAAGUUACGAGUAAAAGUACCUACAUAUAAAGUACCUAUGCAUUCAAAAAUGUCUUCCCACCCCUGUGACUUGUGGUCGUAUUAAAGUAUGGCGUUGAAGAACUUGCAGCUGUUUCACAUGAACCGCGGGAUGGGCUACCAGAACAAGCAGGCUACGCCUAUGAAGGCGCCCCCCACCGCCUUGUCAGCGCUGUCCAGGUCUAUAUCCAAGAGUGCUGACACCUUGGCCGGUACUACUAUCACUGGAAAAGAAAUUAAGGCGCGAAAAGCACGCAGCACUGAGCAGCCAGGCACUAAUGGUAAUCUGCAGAAAGGUGGCAGCUCCCUCGCUCUCCCAGCGCUGGGCAAGUGGGGAGAGGAUGCAGAGAGCCUAAGGAGUCGGUCGAGAACCGGCAGUGCAAGUAGCAGAACAGGCAGCUUGGACAGGAGCAACCAAGGCUCCAGUAUAACGCUUAAUGGGGAGGAAGACAAUAUCAACGUGGUUGUAAGAGUCCGACCUGUGAACGAAAAAGAGCGGUCUCUACAAGAGAGGGACAUGCUGGAGUUCCCUGGCAAAGGACAGAUCAUCGUCAACGGAAUCUCGCUCGCGCAGAAACCCAAGCUUUUCUCCUACAACGUGGUGUUCGAACCUGCUGCCACGCAAGAAGAUGUGUUGGAGUACAGCGGCAUAAAGCGCCUGCUGGAGAUGGCGGUGGAAGGCUUCUCCUGCACCGCCUUCUGCUACGGACAGACGGGCAGCGGCAAGACGCACACGCUCACUGGACCGCCAGGGCUUGUGGAGAGAGGAGCAAGCCCGUACUCACCUGAGCACGGGUUGGUGGUGCGGUCCUUCGUGUAUCUGUACCAACUUAUCCGGGACCGCCCUGACUGCAAUUACAUUUUGAAAGCUUCAUUUUUGGAAAUAUAUAAUGAAAAGGUGAUAGACCUCCUAAAUCCGGGCAGCGCUCGAAAACCACAGCAAGUCCGAUGGUCGAAGGAGAGCAGGAGCUUUUACGUGGAAAACUUGUUUACCGUGGACUGUGAGGAGCUAGACGACCUGUUUGCAGUGUUAGAGGAAGGUAUGCGCAACCGUGCGGUGGGCGCGCACGCAAUGAACGCGCACUCGUCGCGCUCGCACACGCUGCUCAGCGUACGCAUACGACGCGACGUGGGCUCCGACCGCGACAUCACGUGCUCCACUCACGGCAAGAUGAACUUCGUGGACCUGGCCGGCAGCGAGAUGACUAAGAGGACGAAAAGCAGCGGCAAGACUUUGGAAGAGGCCAAUAAUAUUAACAGGAGCCUCAUGGUAUUAGGAUACUGCAUAGCACAGCUAAGUGAUGGUAAAAAGAAAGGACACAUACCAUAUCGGGACAGCAAACUGACUAAAUUAUUGGCAGAUAGCUUGUCCGGUAAUGGAGUAACUCUAAUGAUCGCCUGCAUCGCCCCAACAAAAUCUAAUUUGAAUGAAACUAUAAACACUUUACGGUAUGCCUCUCGCGCCAAGAAAAUCAAAUCUAAGCCUAUUGUUAAAAUGGAUGCCAGAGAUGCGCUGAUAUUGAGUUUGAAGAGAGAAGUGGAAGCGCUGCAAAUAGAGAAUCAGCAUUUGAGGACCGCUGUGCAAAUUCACACGGACUACAACGGGGAUACUGAUAGUCAAAAGAGCCGCAGCACGCCUCCGCCAAUAGAAGCCAACAAACUCUACCAACUGCCGCAGAAGGAAUUAGUCGAACUGGUUCAACUUCAUAUGUCAGAGAACUCGGCGCUGAGACAAGAGAAUACAGAGUUAUUCGUCGUCAGAGAUCAACUAUUGAGAGAUCACGAACUUCUAAGUAGAGAAAACGAACGAUUGCUAAAGAAACUCGAAGAUGUUAACUCAGUGUGCACCCGUUCUCCACUGAUACCAGCGAGAGCGGCCUACUCCAUCAGCAGCAGUACUGGAGUACCGGAUAUUGAUAUUUGGACGAACCACGUCGGCUCUGCUAAUAGCACUCUUAGCGGGGGCAGCUAGGAUUAAAACUAAUAGACAAUUUCUUCUUUACUAAAAUGGCCAUAGACAAUCACUACCAAUUUAAAUGACCUUUUGACCUCUCGGUUGUAAAAAUGUAAAAUGUUGAAUGCCUUGAUUUAUAAUCCUGAAUUCGAUUUCAAUCUACAACACAUAAGCUACUAAUACCGCCACUCUAGCACCGUUAAGAGUGGCGGUGGUUAGUGGUGACUUGCCCGCCAUGGUCCAAAUUGGAUCAUGGAUGGAACAUGGGGCAAAAUUUCAACUUUCAUAUAAUAAUGGUGAUCUCGCCACCACAUGCUUUCACUAUUACAUUUUUAUUGGAAAUAAGAGUAAACGUUCGUCAUUAUCAACCCAUAUUCAGCUCACUGCUGAGCUCGAGUCUCCUCUCAGAAUGAGAGGGGUUAUGGCAACCACGCUGGCCCAAAGCGGAUUGGCAGACUUAACAUUCAGAGAAUUCUCUGUUAUGCAGGUUACAUCACGUUUUUUUUCCUUCACCGUUUGAGACACGUGAUAUUUAAUUUCUUAAAAUGCACACAACUGAAAAGUUUCAGGUGUAUACCCCGGACCGGAAUCUGAGGCAGAGGUCAUAUCCACAGGGCUAUCACGGCUUUGAGUAAACAUUACAAUCAUGCAAAAAUAGGAAGAUUCGCAGAAUUGAUUAGAGCAAAGCAUUUUUUUAGAUCAAGUAGGUCUAAGUA